GCGCAUGUGCGGCUUCACUCAGGAAGAGUUGGAAAUCAUAACAUGGUCGCGUGUGGGAAAGCAUGAUACUGACAUGAGCACGGAUUGAAGUGAAGGAGACUAAUCAGAAGAGCAAAUUAAAACACUUAAAAUGCCGGUCAGGAACACAGUGACCAGUGGGCUGCCCAAUAGCAAAGUGAGAUACUCAAAGCUUGCAAGUGAUGAUGACGGCUACAUUGACCUUCAGUUUAAGAGAAGUCCACCCAAAGUCCCGUAUAAGGCGAUUGCCCUGGCAACUGUUCUCUUUCUUAUCGGCACAAUUUUGAUCGUCAUUGGAGCUCUUCUGUUAGCGGGAUACUUUGACAUUCAAGAUCACCGCGACCGCACUAUACCGGUCCUCAUCAUUGGAAUCCUUGUCUUCCUGCCCGGAUUCUACCACUUGCGCAUCGCCUACUAUGCUUCUAAGGGCUACCCAGGCUACUCCUACGAUGACAUCCCAGACUUUGAUGACUGAGUAACAUGGAACAUUGUGACAGCUUGCUGACAUUUCUGAUAGAUCUCUGAAGAAGAGCCUUCUUUUAUGUGCAGACAGACAAAGCUGCAGUCUUGACAAGCUCUCAUUUUGAAGUAAAGUACUACAUGGAGAAAAGAUGGUAUGUGUUAGCUCCGAAGAUUUUAUGUUGAUGAAAAGUGCUUCUAAAGAGGCUGGUAAUUCGAGCAUAAAGAAUUCACCAUCUGCAUGAAUGUUCCACAGUUAAGUAAUAGAAAAGUGCUUGUAGCAUUUGUGUUCCUACUUUGCCAUGUUGCAGUUAAUAAACCAUGUAUGGUUGUGAUUAAAAUUGAGGCAAGGGGGGGAAGCAGCCUAGUGGAAACGUGUUCCCAGUGUCUGUUUUAUAUUUAACGUUGCGUUUGAUAUGUUACGGUAGAAGGAGUAGAGGAGGGAAACUUGUCAUCAGUUCUACUUCCAGAAAUGCUCUGUAAAACUGUUCUCCUGUAGUUUAAUCUACACCCAGUUUUACAGUUUUGACUGGACACUACAAAUGUUGUGGCUUUCUACUGAAGAUUCAGUAUUGCAUUCCACUUCUUUUAUAUCACAAUUUGAUACAUUUCAGAGAUGUAAUCACUAAAACAUCUGGGACCUUGAGAAUGAAGUGAAUGUGUCGUGUUUUAUUUAUUUAGCACUAACCCAUAGUUCAGAUGUUUCCUGGUUGUUCUACUGUAUUCAUUUUCUAUAUUUCAGAAGUUACUUCCAAUGCUACAUCAUCUUCAGAAUUGCACUCCCAGUUGUUUGUUGAUUUGUUGUUCCUGUAAAAAAUAAAGAAUUUGAAUAAUUUAACUUAA